CCAAAGGGCAUCAUGGGUGGGAUCCAUCCUAUACGACAUUGUUAAAAUUGGUGCCUUAUACCAGAGUAACCGCCUCUCUCAUUCCCCGACCUAACCAUAACCGACUCGAUGCUCUUCAACCAUCCACCCAGACAUGUGGGUCUGGUGCAGCAGACAUUGUCGAUAACAUGGCAGCUGUAGCAACCCUCAUUGCGAGAUGUGGCUCAGUGAUUCGUCUGGCCCGCCUAAUAAGCGAGAGAUACAAUCUAGCUAAUACCACAUUGCUCUCCAUUACGAACGAAUGCUCUGUCGUUGAGUUGGCUCUCGGCCGCGUGGAGGCGAUGGCUACUAGUCCUCACCUUACACGGCUUGAGACCAAUGCAGACCUUCAUGACGGAUUCAACACGGCCUUAGAUGGCUGCUCCAAAACUCUUCAAGCUGUUUUCGAGGAAAUGGAGAGAAUAGGAGGGUCAGAAAUGAGUGGGAGGCGAGAGUCUAGCUGGAAGGCGGCGUUGUCGACGAUGGCGAAAUUGAAAUUUAUCAUCAGUGAACGAAGACUCAAAGAACUACUGGACCAGUUGAGAGGCCAACACCAUGCUCUCCAGCUCCUAUUACAAGCAUAUGCCACGGAAUCAAUGAAAGAACUAGCCGCGAUCAUGAUGUCCGUUCGACCUACUUUAAGGAAGAUCAGGGAGGAUGCCAGUAGUAUCCGAGUCUCUCGCAUCUCAUCUCAAGACCCCACCGAUCGUAUUGCGACCAGCACAAACCGCGACUACGUACAAAGCAUCAUUUCUCAUGGAGGAUCAGUCUCGGAGAUAUCCUCCACACAGCUCACUAUCGACGAGUCGCUUAUUAAUACCAGUGUCUAUCGGCGGCAAUUAGCUGCGGUUUCGUCUCGCGGCCCUCAUAGGCCCUCCCAAGAACCGUUGAUGAAGCCCCUCCCAGAUAUUCCGGAGCAAUCUUCAUUGAACCUAGAGAGCAGUGAGGUCAAUGAGGGGAUGUCUAGAGCCCAGUCUCCUCACGUGCGCGGAAUAGUUAUUCCCUCGGGUGAUCCAGAUGCAAACCCUUCCCCUGCACCCAUUGAGAUCCCAGCCGACUCUUGUGUAAUGCACGAAGCAAGCUCCAUCUCCGAGAGAAGAACGCUCAUAUCCUCAGAGAUCCGUACUGUGACGCAGCGUCUCAAGGCCCUCGGGAGUGAACAUGACUUCUUAUUGGCCCGAAAUACUCUAAAGCAAAGUCGACUAGACACAGAGGACUUUAUUCACAUGCUUGAGGAGCUCCAUG